CAAAAUUCUCACCUUAAGAAAUCAACAAUAAUAAUGAGUGAUGGCAGUUUCUCUAAGUAGAGAGGAUGGAACCAACAGGCAGAGUAAUCAGGGAAAUCCCACGAGCUUCAAGCUACCUCAAGUUAAAGUCCAUAACUUGCCAGUGGUUACUCCCGAAGGCUUUCAGAAUGGGCCAGUGACCGGAAGAACACAAACUGUUUAUAGCUGCUGGUCCCCAGGAAGAGGUGUCUUUUGGAAGGACAAUUAUGAAAGGAGGCAGAGUCAACUAAGUGAAGGUGGGUUUCAUGGUAGCCCAGGACACAAGUACAAAGAAAUAGGAGAUGUUGAAUUGGAUGAUAAAACACUUAUACUGCAGGGACUAGGACAAAUGGAUAUACCCACCGAAUCGACUGAACACUACAUGAAGCCAAGUGAUGGAUGCACUGACCAACCUGCUGCUGCUGCAGUUAUACCACCAAACAUGAGAACUAGAACAACAAUACAUUCAACAGACCAACUUAUAACACUCCAUCAAGAACUGCACCGUGUAGAUAUGCAAUUGGACAAAGUAAGAAAAGGCUGUGGGCUAUUUCAUAUGCUACACAAUGAACGAGCUGACAAAGAGUUGAAAUUACAACAAGUCAAUGAAAAAGAGAAAAAACUAAAGGCAAAUGAAUGGCUUCCUCCAGUUAAACAAGAUUUAAAAGAUACUUCAUAUUCAACGCUACCUAACGAAGAGUCACAAGAUAUCAUCAUAGAAGAUCAUUCGUGUGAUUCUGAUGAAAUAUCAAUAACCUGCACUAAACUGUGUACCAUCCUUUGGAUAUUAGAAUGUAUGAAGUUGGAAUCACCACACUACAUGCCAAGUCUUUAUACUUAUUGGUUCAAAAAGAGACCAAUCAUUACUGAAGACAAAGGAAGAUUAAUAUAUGACAAGACUCUAGCCUUAUUGAAGAUAUACGAAUCAAUGACACAACUUAAUGAUGAAACAGCAACCGGCAGAAAUAAAGAGAUGAGACACAAGUGUAGGCCUUCAUCUAAAAACGAGAAACUGAAAAAAGAAGAAUUGAGAAUAAGAAUGCAAAGAAGACUAAGUCCUGAACAAAUUGAAAAGUUGAAGCUACUAAUUGAGGAGGAGCUCAAUCGUGCAAAGAAAAGGACACGAAACUCAAUCAAAAAGUUAAUGGAAGAAAAGGCAAUGCAGAAUUCAGUCCCUUCACAUAAGCCACCAAAACGAUCAUUACCUCAUAUUAAUAUUGACCCAGACAAUAUAGCAGCUAGUUUUGACUCUGUCAAGGAAACACGUGAUUUAAUAGUACACGAACAAUUAUCAGUAAUGGCAAGGGAGAGACAAGAAGCCAUAGAGCAACGGUUUACUGCAUUAGAAAUAAGUGGGAACAUGUGGACUGACCUAACCCACAUGAGACAAGGCGUCCAGAUAGAAACAACUGCAAUGGCAAGAAAUAAACUCAUGAUGAAUUACAACUGGCUGGUUGUUCUUAAAGGAGAUCUACCAUCAGAUGCACUAGAUAAUGUUUAUUGUAAAGAAUUGUUAAUCAGUUUAUCUUCAAUGGAGGAGUACAUGAGAGCUGUGGGACCUACCGUAAUGUCACAAGAAAGACUUUUAAGCGUAUUGAGUUUAUUAAGACCAUGGGAACUGGAUUCACCUAUCAUAAACUGGGCCAUACAAUUUAUCAUUAACAGUGUCAUUUAUAUUGUCCCUAAAGACUAUCAAGUUUGGAUGGAAUACCAAAGGCAAAACAAACAGUAAAGAGAGACAGCAGCUAACAUUAUAGCGUAUAAAUUUCAUUAAAGAACUCAACUACAAAAUCUUUAACUAAUCCUCUUUCAGGAAUCUUCCCAGCCAUACCAUACACACCAGCACUGCCUUUAUUAGCAAGACUGGGAUUAGCCUGAAUUAAUAAUAACAAUAACAAUGAUAACGAUAAUAAUGAAUAAUACCUUUACAAUAGAUACUGAUUCCUUAAGGUUAUUAAUAAAUUCUUUAGCAAUCUCAUUAUUAUGAGAUGGUAAUACAGUA